CACUAGCAUCAGUCGCCGCCGCCUAUCCUCGAGCGCCAUUUCCAUCAACAGCAUCCGCCUCUGGCAAGCUAGCGACAGCAACUCAUGGCACUCCGCGCGCUCGACAAUACGAAGCCCGCCGCCGUCGAGGAGCGGCCCAAGAAGGUGGCUAAGGUGGGCGUCCCCGCCGCCGCCGCCAAGGCCGCCGCCUCCCCCGGGAGUGGCGGCAAGAAGAAGAAGGGGAACGACGAGAACUCGGCGCCAAGGGCCACGGCCGCGGCGGCGGAGCAGGCCGUGGAGUACAUCUCGUCGGAGGAGCUGGAGGCGGCGGCCAGCCCCAAGGCCAAGGCCGCGGGGCUGGUCGCGGACCUGGACUCCAAGGACUGGGUCAGGACCUGCGAGGCGCUCAACGACGCGCGCCGCCUCGCGAUCCACCACCCCGCGCUGCUGAACCCGAUCCUGGAGAAGGUGGUGCUGGCGGUUGUGAAGACGAUGAAGAGCCCCCGCAGCGCGGUGCUCAAGACGUCCAUCAUGGCCUGCGCCGACAUCUUCAGCUCCUUCGGCAACCUGCUCGCCUCCGUCUCCGACGACGCCUUCGACAAGCUGCUGCUCCAGCUCCUGCUGAAGGCGUCCCAGGACAAGCGGUUCGUGUGCGAGGAGGCCGAGAAGGCGACGCGCGCGAUGGCGGCGUCGAUGCCGCCGCUGCCGCUGCUGAAGAAGCUCAAGGCGUACGUCCACCACGCCAACCUCAGGGUCAGGGCUAAGGCCGCCGUCGCCAUCUCCCACUGCGCCGCCCGGAUGGUACGGCACGCCACGCCACGCCACGCCCAGGAAGGCAGGAACAGCUGCUCAUCAGUCUGCCCAUUUCAGAGACUCAGAUUCUCCUUUGUUGCUGGCGCGCAGGACAUCGGCGCGAUGAAGGAGUUCGGGAUGUCGGCGCUGCUGCAGCUGGCGGUGGAGCUGCUGAACGACCGGCUGCCGGAGGCGAGGGAGGCCGCCCGCGGCGUGGUGGCGUCGACGCACGCGGCCUUCGUCAAGGAGGCCGCCGCGAGCGGCCAGGAGGACGACGCUGCCGCGUCCUGGGAGAGCCUCUGCGCGCUGAGCCUCCCGCCCAUCUCCGCGCAGGCCGUCGCCAAGAUCGCUGCCGCCGCCGCCGCCUCCUCGCAGUAGCCACGGCACGCGUGCGGACGUGCGCCGCUGGCGUUGUUUUUGGGGGUCGUCUGGUUCGGUUCAGAAGUAGCGCUCGUGAGUCUUCAGACAGAGCUCGUUUGUCGCCGCCGCCGAGUCUGUUUGUUUGUUCUUUCUACUCCAUGCUAUCUCGCAUGGUUAGUGUUCUGUUUAUGGCUUCGUCAAGUAAUAACAUAUCAAUUAACAU